AUGGUUCCUGCCUUCGUUAAAGCCCUUUUACUUCUGGCUCUCGGCAACAGCUUUGGCUAUGCCGACACCUUCAAUUACGGCGAUAGGGACGGCAACCUAUUCCUCGACCUUUCGAUAUCGGAAGCCGAAAGCAAUCGCCGAGAAUGGGGGCUCGUCGAGCCUUGGACCAGUGACUACAUUUCAGCCCUUCAAGAGAAUAGAUACGGCGACGCUAUCUGGGCGCGAUAUCAGAUGUUUGGCGAUACUUCGAAUGGCACCUUUUUAGAGUAUCCCCAAUGGACGGUCCGCGAAGCAAUCGAGGAAGACGCUAUUGGAUACAGACUUCAUGCCCGAGAUAAUUGGAAGUAUGCCAUGACUGUCUACGCCAAUUCAAGCAAGGACACACAAAGUGAUAUCCUUGACCUUAUGUUCGACGUCAACCGCAGGAGCUACUAUCGUCUCUUUAGAGACCAGUAUCGAUUGCAUAAGCGUUUCCAACAAAGCGAACACGUCCUUCCGAAUUGCGACUGCUGGAAGACUGCCCAGGAUGAGGUUGACUCUGUUUUAGAGCUCAAGUAG